AUGCUACGAAAAGAUGGCGUGCCUGUGAGUGGGCCUAUGCUAGAGAUGCAAGCACUUGAAAUCGCCGCGGAACAUGAUGUUCUAGGGUUUAAAGCUUCGUGGCACUGGCGGAAGGGGUUCUUGCGUCGCCAUCAACUCAGUUUACGAGCUCGAACACGUCAAGGAAAGAGGGCAUGCUUAGUGGGUGAUAAAGAUAAAGAUCUAUCAUCCGACGACGACCUGGCUGACGACAGCGAAAGCGACGGAGAAGACAAUGAAUGA